AUGAGGAUUCAAGAACUGCAGAGUAAACUACCAGAACUCCGCACCAAAUUCCGUGAAACUGAAGAAAGGUGGAACAAAGCAAACAUUAGCGCAACGCUGAAAGAUACCAUAGACUCCAUGUUGAAGAAUAUAAUUGACCAACACCGCAGCUCCACCACAAGAUCCAACCAGAGGAAGCUGAUCAACCUUAAUGGAGGCGAGCUCAAACAAACCCGGCCCGUCAAGGGUUACAUUAAUUUAUCAGACAAGACCCUGACACCUGAUCAAGAGGAACUACUAAACUUUGGUCUCAACUGCCAUGUCAUGACAAAGCCGAGGAAACACCAAAAAAGAGUAGAAUGUGAGAUUCUACUCGACGACAUCGCAAACCUAGCCAAGCAAGAUGAAGUUACUGUGCAGCCAACAUUCCAGCAAGAAGUCGUCGCAGAAGCAUCCAAAUCAAGAGGAAACUACAAAAGCAAGAUCGUAGAAGAGCGACACAUUGAAGCCGCUAAGCAACUUAAAGCAGACCAUAACAUCACUGUAAGAAAAGCCGAUAAGUCUGCAUCCUACGUCAUAACGAACACCUCUGAAUACAUGGAUAAAAUGGACGACAUCCUGAAGGACGAAACCAACCUGACCUCAGCAGCUGACUUCCUUGACAUCCUCAAGUCAAACAACGCGAAGGAAAAUAUAGCUUCUCUGGAUGUGGAAUCAUUAUUUACGAACGUCCCAGUCGACCGAGCCAUCGAAUACAUCUUGCAACGAGUUUACCAUAAUGACGACACCCCGAGCCUAGACAUCCCUGAGCCCACGCUACGCAGCCUUCUUGAGUGCUGCACAAAAGAGGCACCAUUCACCUGCCCUAGAGGUAACAAGUACCAACAAGUGGAUGGUGUCGCCAUGGGCUCCACGCUGGGAGUCCUGCUGGCGAAUUUCUUCAUGGGCUGCAUAGAGGAAGAAGCCUUUAAGACCACCAAGAGACCUGCUAUAUACUGCCGCUACAUCGACGACAUUUUCAUCAAAACCACAAGCACCGAAGACGCCGAACAUCUCAGAAGACUCCAUCAAGAAUUAUCCGGAUUAAACUUCACCAUCGAGCAUAGCACCAACGGAUCCAUGCCUUUCCUGGAUAUCCUCGUCAAACAAGAUCAAGACGCCUUCAACACUGCUGUCUACGUGAAGGCUACUAACCCAUGUCUCUGUCUCAAUGGAGGGAGCGAGUGCCCCAAACGCUACAAAGACUCCACCAUAGUGGCCUACAUCCGGAGAGCACUCACCCACUGUA